AAUAACACAUACAGAAUUAAUAAAAUUUUCAUCUCUUCAUCAAUUAAAAGUCAAUUUUACUAUAUUUCUUUGAAUUAAAAAUUAAGGAAAACCUCUACUUGUUGUUGCAAAUUACUUUUGGUCAUUUGACCAAAACUAUUCGAUUUAAAUGAAUACGGUGCCAAAUCAUGGAUUUAUUGAGGUACAUUCUCUGCAUCCUCAUCACCAACAUCAACAUCAGCCGCACUGCAAGCAACAGUGUUUUGUUUUCACUGAAAUUGCAGACAUUGUCGAGUUGCCACCGGAAAUAACCAAAAUUGGAAGUGAAAAGAUGCAAAAUGGUGGAAUAUCUCAGUAUACCAAGGAUCCUUGUGCAAGUUCGGGAGGCAUGGAUUCACCAACAGAAUCUGAAAUUAAAAAGUCAAGAAGCAAACGAAUUCUCAUUGUGUUGGGUGUAAUGUUAGCAUGUAUUGCCAUGGCCGGGGGAAUUCCGCUAGCCUUACAACUCAGGCAAUCUUCGCUGCUGGAAGCAAGAUUGGCUUUCAUCAGACGUCUACUGAGUGAAGCUCCUCUAAUUGAGGGCUCUUGGACACCAACUCGGGAACAGAAUUACAGCAGUAGCAUGAAUGAAAUGCGUCAGAAAUAUGUGGGCGCAGUGUUGUGGCCUAUUGCGGUGCCAUGUGGCGCUCAGUACUUGGAUGCUGUGCAACUGGCUUUGGAAGGGAUUGAUGAGGCUAGAAGAAUAACAGCUGUUACGGAUUCAAUGCAUAUCGUUGAAUCUGCCGAUGAAAUGGAACAAACCCACAUUCGUGGUGAAGUAGCUGUGUUAAUGGGACUUGGUGGAGGUCAUGCCUUGGGCACAAGUUUAGCAGUUCUACGCUCUAUGUAUUUACUAGGUGCACGUUUCGUUUCAAUUACUAGUUUGGAAUGCACCACUCCUUGGGCGGCGUCCACUAAAAAUUUGGACUAUUUAGUUGAAGGAAAUGCGACCAAUUCCAUUAAUGAUUUCGGAAAGACAAUGUUAUUUGAAAUGAAUCGCAUUGGAAUGCUAAUAGAAAUCUCUCAUCUUUCUGAUACUGCAAUGGUAGCUGCACUACGAACAGCCAAAGCUCCUGUAUUGCUAAUAAACUCAGCACCUUCGUCAUAUUGCAAUAGUACAAAUGUAGCUGCCAUUCCUGAUCGUGUUCUUAGUUUACUUCCCGAUAAUGGCGGUGUUAUCAUGCUUAAUCUUGAACGUUGUGGAGAACGCCUAAUAAGCGUUCGCGAAGCUAUUAAUGCCAUUAAUUACGUUCGAAAGGUAGCCGGUGUUGAUCAUAUUGGUUUGAGUGGUGCUCCAAAGGGAUACGCUUUCCUUUUGGCUGAGUUAGCUCGAGAUCGCGUUUGGGGAAAUGCUGCCAUUAAAAAACUAAUUGGUGGUAAUGUUGUGCGUAUAUUACGAGAAGUUGAAACUCUAAAGAAUCGUUUGCCUCUGUAUGAGGAGUGGAUACCACAUGAACUGAUUGAGAGCAAUUCAUAUUGCCGAUAUCCAGAAUCUUAAAUAUAUACGUACAUUUUUAUUUAUGUGUUUAUAAAAUUAAAAGAAAAAUGAUUUGUAAACUUCGAUAAAAGAUCACAAAAUAUGGAGAUAAUGAGUGAUAUUUUAAGUAAUUGUUUACUCGAGUACUCAAUAACUAAUUACUAUAUUUAUUGUAGAAAUGCACCACUUUUAAAAAUUAAACAUUAAAAUAAAUUGAAUUAGUUAAAAUAUUUGUUGAUGGA